CAAAGUCGACGCUGUGAAGUCCCUCUUUCCGUCUACCUCGCCCCAGCAACUCGACUUCGCCGUCGUGCCCGACAUGACCGUUCCCGGCGCCUUCGACGACGCGCUCAAGAGCGAUCCAGUAAGCGCAAUCACCCAACCGUCCACCAGCUAAGAAACCCAAUCACGGAUAGUAACGCUGACUCCAACAGCCCUUCGAUAUCGUCAUGCACACCGCCAGCCCCUUCCUCUACAAAGCGGCCGGCAGCGCGCAAGACUUCCUCACCCCCGCCGUGCAAGGCACCACCGAAGUGCUCCGCGGCAUCCAGCGCGUCGCCGCCAGCAGCGUGCGCCGCGUGAUCCUCACCUCGUCCUUCGCAGCAAUCGGCGCCUUCGGCCUCGCCGACGAGCGCAACAAGGUCUACACCGAGGAGGACUGGAGUCCCGUGGCGCUCGCUGACGCCGAGGCGAGCCAAGACAAAGGGCUCGCGUACCUCGCGAGCAAGAAGUUUGCGGAGAAGGCGGCGUGGGCGGUGCACGGGGAGGCGGGGGUGGGCUGGGAAUUGGUGGCGCUGAAUCCGCCGAUGGUGUACGGGCCGUUGGCGCACAAGGUGCGCAGUGUGGACGACUUGAAUGAGAGUACGGCGAGGAUUUGGAGUUUGUUUUUGAAGGAGAAGAAGCCUGAGGGCGAGAUGCCGCCGGAUGGACUGCCGCUGUAUGUGGAUGUGAGGGAUGUAGCGAAAGCUCAUGUGUUGGCGAUGGAUGCGUCUGGGGCGGGGAACCAGCGCUUUCUUCUCUCCGCCGGUGCUGUCAUGAGUCAGCAGAUAGCUGAUAUUCUGAGGGCUGAGGUUCCCGGAGCGGAGGAGAGGGUGCCGAGGGGUGAGCCAGGGAAGAACACGCGACCAGCCGAUGCGUUUAGCGCGGAUUCCAGCAAGGCAGAGAAGGUAUUCGGAUUGAAGUGGAGGAGUGCUACAGAGACGUUUGCGGAGCUGGGGCGACAGCUGCUGGAAAUUGAGAGGGGUGAGAUGUAGAUGGCUGUGUCGAUCGAUCGUUGGCGGUCAUAGGAUUCUCCUAUAUAAUAUUUAGCAGAUUACGUUCCGAAAGAGUCUUUAUCCUUCUGUGUGGGUGAGAUUCUCAAAGUCCGGAAUACCAAUUGGACGCUGCCAUGGUUGGGAAACUCUUAUCAAAGCAUGGAAAUG